AGAAGCCCGGCGUGUCGAAUCGUCUUCUCGAAUACCUAUGUCUCCUAAAUAUUUCUGUCUCAGAUAAAAAGACUACACACAGAGAUUGGAUUGAAACUCUUAACGAUAUCUGGAAAAACCAUCCUGUUGCACGGAUUCAGAAACUAGCAGACAAAAGUAUCAAAAAUUAUCAGAAGUUGGUAUCGCUCCUGCGUUCAUCCUCUGCUUUGGGCGCAGGAUUAGAUCCUAUGCUUUCCUCCACUCUCGGAGAGCGAUAUCAGCGGGAAGAUGGGAACCACAGUGAUCCUCUGCUUUCAUCUUGUGGCAUAAUCUUUUGCUUUUAUUCCAUCUUUCACGGGGCUCGAUGUUCUAAUGAAAUCAAAUCUCAAGCUGUCUCAAAAUUCUGGACAGAUAUCGAAAAAGCAAAGCUCGGAAACAAAUUAUAUUCUAUUCACUUCAAUGGAUUUGCAGAACUGGUUGAAAAUAGAAACAAUUUCAAAUACAAUGAACUUCAAGAUAUUCAGGUCGAAAAUAGCGAUAACUCAUGCCUCAAUUCCGAAAAUACAGAAUCUGGCUUUAAUAAUGAUGAAGAACCAUACGAAAAAGAAUAUUUUGCACACAUUAUUGACCUUGAUAAGGUGACAGAACGAGAUAGACCUCCGUUCUUUACAGUUGAAGAAUGGUCGAAUGUUAUUUCCGAAUCACAACUACCAUCAACAAAAUUACCUGAAUCUGUUGAACGACAACUUGACUAUUAUCUGGUGGAAACGACUAUCGAAAAAAUUCGGGAAUCAUUCGAGUCAUAUAAAAUCGUAAAUUCGGAUGAUGACCUUUACACUCGCAAAGUCAUGGAUCACUUUAUUUUUUGUCUCGAGAAACGACCAGAGUAUUUUGCGCAACGGCCGAGUACCGAGGCAACAUUCCGUGUUCGAUUUAUUGAACCCAUAAUUGAACCUUUUAUAUUUAUAUUUAAAAACUUGGAUUUAACCUGGGGUGAAAUUUCGAGCUUGUCCCCAGCCAUCCGCCGAAAUUUUCAUCUCGAAGAAGGCAAAAGACGUAAAAUCGGUUCGAAAGGUGAUGGUAUAGGUUCUCUAGUUAAUCUAGAUGAUAAAGAACUUCUGGUUAUUGAGCUAUCCGGAGCACCGACUCGUCUCCCAAAGAAACAUGCAGAAGAAGAUAAAGUAAAACUUGAACGGUGCUUGGUUGACGUACUUAACAACCUUCUGGAUGAUUAUAAAAUAUGCGAUUUUGAAGUUGCUAAGAAACUCCGAGUAUUCGGUCUUCAAACUGAAGGAUAUAAGUGCUCUAUUUCUACAUUAUAUAUUGUUGGUCGUGGAUUAUAUUGCAGAAAGACGUUGUUUCAGUUCACAUUGCCGACAAGGACGUUGGAUUUAUGUUACUUGUAUGAGCUUGUUGAAGCCAUGCUUUCUUUUCGAGAUGAAUUAUCAAAAUCGUUAAAUGUUAUACAUAAACUCAAGAUUGCAAAAUCUCGUAAACUUGUUUCUGAUGACCCAAUUAGUGGUUACAUGUUACGGUUACCACCAACAUGA